GAUUUCCUUCGCGGGACGGCUGUGCUGGUAGACCGGAGAGAGAGAGCUCGAGCUGUACCGACGGUGUGUGAAUGAUGGAACGGAUGUAGCGCACGAAUCUGCCGCAGAGUGUGCGUCGCAAAAAUUACAUCAAACAGGAGACUUGAGUUCUCCACACCCUAAUAACCUGAUGACCACCCGGAUCUCCAUGCGGUCCCUGCCAUCCUUGGCCUCCAUCAGCAGUGCUAGCUCUGACCCCCGCUUCCAUUUCAAAUGGAGGGCCAUCACAGUGCUUGCUAUACUAACCUUGGGCCUGCUGCUGUAUCUGCACCAAACAGCGGGGGGUUCUACACAGGAGACACAACUCUUUCCAUCACUGCGUCAUAGUAAUGGUGUACAUCGGCUGAUUCGGGAUGCAACAACCAAAACAGAGGCCCAUUACAACCACACGUACCCUUUGAGCCCACCGGAGCACACAGCUAAUGGUGUCCGCUACCGCAUAGCCGUGAUCGCAGACUUGGACACAAACUCGCGCAGCACCAAAGAUAGUACCUGGUUCAGUUACAUGCAGCGAGGCCACCUGCUAGUGUCCGACAACGGGGAACACGUGGAGGUAGAGUGGGACCCGGACAAGGUGGUGUUAGAGAGCCAUUUAUCAGAAAAAGGGCGCGGGAUGGAGCUUUCCGACCUGGUGGCAUUUAACGGACAUCUAUACAGUGUAGAUGAUCGAACAGGCGUGGUGUACCGUAUUGAAGACAACCGGGCUAUACCCUGGGUCAUUCUGCCUGAUGGAGAUGGCAGCAUUUCCAAAGGUUUUAAGGCGGAGUGGUUGGCAGUGAAGGACAAGCACCUGUAUGUGGGUGGACUGGGGAAGGAGUGGACAACCACCACGGGUGAAUUCGUCAACAACGAUCCCCAGUGGGUGAAGGUCAUCGGCUUCCAGGGCGACAUACACCAUGAGAACUGGGUGCCCCAUUACAUCGCACUGAGGGGGGCAGCAAACAUCAAACCUCCUGGUUAUUUGAUACAUGAAUCGGCGGUGUGGAGUGAGCGUCGACAGCGCUGGUUCUUCCUCCCACGCCGAGCCAGCUCCGAACGCUACGAGGAAACGGCUGAUGAGCGCCGUGCCACCAAUCUGCUCCUGACCUGCACAGCUGAUUUCAGCCACAUCUCCGUGUCCCGGGUUGGGCGGCUACUUCCCACCCAUGGCUUCUCAGCUUUCAGGUUUGUUCCUAACACUCAUGACCACGUGAUCCUGGCGCUGAAGUCUGAGGAGGACGCGGGCAAAAUUGCUACCUACAUCACAGCCUUCACACUGGAAGGACGAGUCCUGCUGCCUGAGACUAAGAUCGGAGACGUGAAAUAUGAAGGGCUGGAGUUCAUCUAGUUUAGAAGAGGAGAGUGGGAUUUCUCACAUGGGAGUCACUGGGUGACCAUGUGUGCAUCAGUGCAAUGUUGUAGAUAUAAAAUGUCAUAAAUGGAUCAGUUUGAGAUUUUUUGAUAUUUCUGUAUGAGAAUGCAGUGGUGACACUAUACGCUGCAUGUAUUCGUGUUUUCCACUGGCAACCUGCCACUGGAAACACCCAUCAUGGCGAGGGAGACCAAUGACGGCAAACAAAACACAAAGCACAGCUAUGCAGCAAGCUACAUGGAUCGCCCACAGAACUUGCAUGCUUGCUGUGUAGUCUUUAAAUGUGGGCCGAGGUUUUUCCUCAGCAACUCUGAAAAACAGUGCUGCUAAAGACUCAGGGGAGUUGUUUGUUUUUAUGAAAACGCACAACAUAGACUAACCAAACCGGAAUGACCCAAAAGACAUUUGUCUUAAGUGGACUUGAAGGAUGAAGAUGCAAAUAAAUCAUGUUUUUUAGUAUGUUUUUAUUUAACAUUUUAAUAGAUCAUGUAGAUAUCUUGUAAAUUGCAUUAUAUUUUUGAAUCCCAGGUUUGUGGUGGCUUCAGAAAAACUUCCAUUAAAAAAAAGACAUUGUGCAUAUACCUCUUAAUAUGCAAAUUAUAAAUGCCCCACAUGCAGUAGAGGUGGUAAUAAUAAUGAACUUAAAUUAUUAGUAACAUGUAAUCAACCAGUCGGUGCCCUCUGAAAAGAGAUAAACGUACUGUUUUAUGAUUAAAGGUUUAGGGUGACUUUAAUGCCCAGGUCAGACAGCAGGCUGCAUCUAGUUUAACUACUUGCAUAUACCUGCAAUAACAAAAUCGCAAGACUUAUUGCAGCAAUGCAGGACAACACCGAUAAUAGCAGUGUUGCAGAGGGUCUUUAGUAGAGGCAGGAUCACGCUCUGUUCGCAUUUCAGUUGCAAUUCACUUCCAAUCGGUGCAAAUAGCAGGCGGUCGUGCAAUGCUUGAGUGACCAGUUGUGGGUUGAAGCAGUUUGGAGUGUGGAGGAGAGAGGGAGGCAAAAAAAAAACGUUCACACAAACUCUGGAACUUCCACAAUACUUAGUUUAACAACUUACUACAGCAAAAUUCUCAGAGUUAAAUUUCCUAGUGUUUAAGCAAAAGUGUUAGUGACACUAAAAAAAAAAAAAUUGAUUUAACUUUGUGUUAACACUGCAGAGAUUGGGACAAAAACACCAGCUUGAGUUGAUUUAACAGUAUAAAAAUUGUGUACGUCAACCUUACUACGCCUAGUUGAACGGCUCUCUUAUCAUACAUGAGCAAGAGGUCAUAUUCCCUAAACGUUACUCAAGUUGAGGACUGAAAAGAAAACGGUCACUAACAGAGACCCAUUUCCAGUAAUGUGCACGGCUCAACUAACAAACAGAAAACAAGCUGAUUAUGCCACCUCUAGGUAAACACACUAGGUCUUAAAGGCACAUUUCACAAUUUUGACUGUUAUAACGUCUGACCACAACGAAGGAUUUGGUGCAAAACGCCUGCAUCCACUUGCCACCUGACCGAUCACAGCAUGCGUCUUUCUGCUGUCUGACCUGGGCAUAAUGUAGUCUGAGUGUUUUUCUCAUGUUUUUAAAAUCCUACUGAAACACAUUAUGUUCACUGAAUGUUGCUUUGAGUUGUGGCUGUGAUGAUUAAUCUCCAACAGCCUUCAUCUUGGACAAGAAAUUAAAGUGUUAGCACUCAAGUUAGCCAAGAAUAUCAUUUCCCCCCAUGAUUUGUCUGACCAAUUACAGCACCUUUCCCGUUGUCAUUAGGGGGUUUGCUCAUUUUCCCUGCCAAAAAUGUGAAUUUACUGUUGUAUCAUUUAACUCUUUACUACAUGCAGCAGUUAUUUGAAUAUCUAGUCACUGUUUAUUGUAGUAGGUGGCCACAUUGAAAGUCUCCCACUGUCCUGUUUUCUGCACUGACGAUUGAGCUGUUUUCAUAAGAACUCUACAAGAAACAUGCCUGUGAAGAUUCUCAGUCAUCCAGGUCAUAGUAACUGUGGGUGGUAAAAGAGAGCAACUGGACUUGCUGGAAGACGUUUCACCUCUCGUCCAAAAGGCUUCUUCAGUUCUGUCUAAUAGGGAGUAUCAGGUAUUUAUCAUCUCAUGGAUGAAAAGCUCAUCUAAGGUGUCAGUCAUCCUGUUGGUGUGGGUCACUCAGUGCGUUUACAUGCACAUUAGAGAAAAUUGAAUUUCUGCCGUAGCUCGACUGAAAUCGAACCGAACUGGAUUUCUCGUAAUCGAGCUACGCGACCUAGAUUAUGCGAUUGUAGCCGAGCUACUUACUUCAGCACUGCCCCUUCCGGAAGUGACGAGACCACAAGCGGGAAACACAACAGCCUCGGUCGGCGUGACAACAGUAGUAGUAGCAGCAGCAAGCAGAAGAGGUCAGGAGGAACAACAUCUCAAUGUUGCUGUCCUUCUUGUGAACAUGGAACUGAUAACUUUGUUUAUACUCUUGAAUAGCUCUUCUUCAUGACGACAACCGGAAGUGUACCAACACGAUGGGGCGUGUAGCACCACCUGUGGCUCGGGUGCACAAUGUACCUCACACAAUAGCUCGAUUUCCUUGUGUGCAUGUAGGAUUGGAUUUCUCUGGCACCCCUGCUGGGACCCUUAGCUUGAUUACCAACAGUAGCUCGAUUUGGAUGUGCAUGUAAACGCACUGACUGGGGGCUGGAUGUGAACAGCCUUGAGUCAUUAGGGUGAUCAAUGGAAUGCUGAUUCUCUACAAAAAAAAAAAAAAAAACACAUUUACCAAGUCAUUGUCUUGUAAAUGUUUAAGUCUUGCAUAUUACUAUGGACCCUUUUCAGUCACGUGACCUUCGUAAAUGCGACCGCCAUUUUGGACAUGUAGUGGACUUUGGCUCAAAUCGGUUUGAAUGCGAGGAAGGCGACAAACAAAAGAAAAAGGAGCGAGAUGCAGAAAACUGUAUUUACUAGUUUACUGUAAUUAUGAUCUGGCAGCUAUUUACACCAGAUCCAGUGUAAAUAGCUGCCGGAGCCAACGUCUGGCCGGGCCGCGGAGCGAGCAAGCGCGCACCGGCUCCGGCCGGGCCGCGGAGCGAGCGAGCACGCGCCGGCACCUCGGACGUUGGCUCCGGCGGCUAUUUACACUGGAUCUGGUGUAAAUAGCUGCCAGAUCAUAAUUACAGUAAACUAGAAUGGAAUGUUAACAGCAAUGUAAUGCCUUUUCUGGCUAAUUUUAUUCGUCUUACCUCCAACAAAGUGGUCACUACACAAGCGUUGGUAUGCCGCUAUCCAUCUUCUCCGUUGUUCAGCAUCUACCGGGAUCCGAUAAAAUGAUAACCCUUGCCUUGUUUGUUGAUUGUUACUACAUCCAGGUGCACAACAUAGUGGCAUGAUGGAAGUCUUGCUGAAAAUAAACACUUUCUUUGCUGCCGUUCCUCAAUGCUGGCUGUGGUAAACUACUGGUAGUACAUGUCCAAAAUGGCGGCCGCGUUUGUCGUGACGUCACGUGAAAAGGGUCCAUAGGGGACUUUGUAUGAAAGGAUCCACAUUACCAAAUGUAGCAAAUUGAAAGUCACAAAUGAAGGUGAGAAGUUUUUCCAACUUUUAUUUUAUGCAUUUCCCUCAUUUCAUGCAGCUUUUAUAAGGAGUUACAUGUCUUGUUUGGAAGAUGGAAACAUUCAAAUGGUCAGGAUAAGAGAAAGACACUGACUGUUCCUAUAGAAAAACAGCAAACGAGUUAGACCAGAGUGCAGGAAGCAAGGAUGAGUCUAAACAGGAGAUGGGUAUGUGCUUGGAGGAAUGGUCAAAUGAUUUAUAAAUCCCUUCCUCUAAUCAAAAUGACUAACUUCAGUACAGGGGGGGAUAUUUUGAAACUAAGCACAGAAGUCUGUAAGUAGAAAAUUACAGUGGGGGGGGGAAAUGAGUUAAAUGCUCCAAAUGUAAUACCACUACUUCAGUGUUGUAUGGUGUUCCCAUAUCCCAGAAUAAAAACAAAUGUUGAAUGUCA